GCGAGGGCACACCUCAUCACGUCAGCUAUAUGCUCCUAACAGUCGCCACUGCUUUGCAAUUAAUGAAAUUAGGAAGUAACUGAAGAAAAAAAUUAAGGGAAGUAGAUGAGAGAAACCAAAAAAAGAUUAAUUUAGAAGAAAAGAAGGAAGGUUGCAUUUGAGCUCAGUUUAAGUUCUUGGAGGGUAGCUGGCAUUUGCUGAGCACCAGUGAGACAAGCCAGGCAGGCAAGACAUGCGGCUGCUCCCAGUUCUGUUCCUUCUCAUCGUCCAAGGCCACUUCUCCACCUGUGUGGAGAGAACGGUGAGAGGCAUAGAGGGGGGCACACUGAUCACAUCCUGUGAGUACGGCACAGGAUGGGAAUCCUAUAGGAAGUGGUGGUGUCGAGGGAAGAAUUGGAAUUCCUGCAAAAUCCUUGUUAAGACGACCGGGUCAGAGAAACUGGUGAAGAAGGGCAGAGCGUCCAUCCAGGAGAACCGCAGUCGACGUACAUUCACUGUGACCUUGGAGGAUCUCCGUCGGGAUGACACAGACAUCUACUGGUGUGGGAUUGAGCGAACCGGCAAUGACCUAGGAUACAAAUUUUCCGUGGUUGUCGACCCAGCCCCUGAUCCAACAGACCCUCCCCAGACUGUGGCAACAACAACGCUACCCAGUUGGACUUCUACUCUUCCAUCUACCCAGGGCAUCAACAGCAGCCAGCCCAUGGAUUUGAAUAACCCACUAAAUAGGUCAGCAACCCUGGCUUUCAAUGUAGCAGCAGAGAAUCCUCCUGUGUGGAUCUUCCUGUUACCUCCUUUCCUUGUGACUCUGGAGUGGCUCUGCCGAGGAUAAUUGACUAUUACAUCAUUCAACACUCUGGCCAAUGAUGGGUUUUCCAAUUCCAGACCAACCAGCAAGCAUAAAACCUCAAUUAAACCAAAAAGCUUGGGAGUGUGUUCACAUGGACAAAUAUCCCUGAUAGGCCAGCUGUACAAAGGUCUGCUGAUUCCACCUUCUGCUGCAUCAGUACCUCCCAGAGAAAGAAUUGCCUGAAUGUAAAAGAUUGAAGGCAGAGUUGGACCAUUACCCAACCCACAUCCUGUCUGUUUGCACUGUAUA